AUGGCUUAUAAAUAUAAAUCAAGAGUACAAUUGGGUUAUGAAGAUGAAUAUAUAACUGAAAAACAUCGAUCGCUUAUUAAUUUUGCCACUAAUAAGAUUGGUGGUAAACCGGACACACAUAAAACAGAAAGUACAUUACCGUCGCCAGUUUGUAAACUAUGUGGACUAAAUCAAUUAUUAGUAGUACAAAUUUAUGCACCAUUAGAAAAUUCAAAGUACCAUAGAACAUUGUAUAUAUUUACAUGUAUAAAUCCAAACUGCUUCAAUCAAAACGAGAGCUGGACGUGUCUGAGAGUGGAGUCCUUGGAGGAGAAGACCAUAAACGAGACAUUGAAGCAGCCAUCAGUGGUCCCGCCGACGACCAGUUGGCUGUCGCAAGCGGACGACUGGGGCGAUGACGGGAAUGACAACGUAUCUGAGAAGAACGGCAACAACAUGCUCAGCAAUGACACCGACAAGUUGCAUCUCUUUAUGUCCACGUCAAUCGGCGAGCUGAAUGACGAUUUGUCAAACCUGCGAGUUGACGACCCGAAUGCCAACAGUCCAGCCAGUGUCGAGUCUCCCGUAGGUGGUGCAGUCGGCAGACUCGAUUCUCCUCAAGCCUCUGCUGAAAUCGAGGGAGAGGAGGGCGAGGUUGUCUCUAUUGACACUCCAACUCGCCCACAGUCCAACCUGAUGGAGCUGUUCAAUGGCAGCACUCCUCAUCCGUUCCAGCACUCUGAUAUUGAUGCUCCGUUUGAUCUCACCUUCGCUGAGAUGUUUGUCGGGGUCGAGGAAGAGGAUUUGACGCCGGAAGUCAAUCAGCAUGUUAGGGAUUUAUAUCUUCAGUAUAAGAAAAAUAAUCCUAAUGAUUUGAAUGAGGAGACUAAUCAGGAUGCCCAGACUAAUGAUAAUACAGGCAUGGAAGAAAAGUAUGAAAAAAGUAUUCCUAAACAUGGCGAUGAAAUGUUUCAUAAUUUUGACUGUCGGGUUAAGAGAAAUCCUGGACAAUUAUUAAGAUAUUGCCGUGAUAACUCAGCAGCAUUAUUAUUAUCUCCGAUAAGAUGGAAUAUAGAACCAUGCAAGAAUUGCGGAGCUGAAAGAAUUUUUGAGUUACAAAUUUUGUCAACAAUAAUACCUAAAUUAAAACUUGUGCCAUGCAGAGAUCGUGACUAUGAGAUAGAAUUUGGCACAGUGUUAAUUUUUACGUGUUCAGCCAGCUGCUGGUCUGCUAACGAUACGUACAAAGAAGAAUAUGUGAUCGUUCAAGCCGAAUCUUAA